GCCAAGUACCAAAACAAAACAGCAUCUUUAGAGGCAGUUUAUAGUAAAGUGAGGACUGUGCCAACCAUGCCGUGAGGCAGUCCCGCUCUUCACUUGCCCGUCAGAAGACGGUAUAUAAUUUUAGCACCAGAUGACAUCAACGUUUUAAACUGGCGACAGUGCUUUUCUGUGUUUCUCAGAGUUAGCUAGUCAGUGGCCUAGCAGGCUGGCUAACAGGCUAACUGACUCUGGCUAACAUAUUAUAGCUUAAAUUGAAUGGCUGCGCAGGUUUAUUAGCUAUAUUAUGUUAGAAGUGAGCGCUAGAUGUUUGUUAUAAAUAUUUAACUUAAUGACAUCUAGAUAACUGAAUUAUAGAACGAGAACGCGGAGCGCCAUGAGUUGGUUUAAUGCGUCCCAGUUGUCGAGUUUUGCUAAGCAAGCUUUGACAACUGCCCAGAAAUCUAUCGACCGAGUUUUGGACAUUAAAGAAGAGGAUCAAUGGGGUGACACUGUUACACCUACUUACAAUGAUUUACCGGGAAAGUCAGUAUCAACAGGAGGAUGGGGCAUGAACCAGUGGGACGCCCCCUCAGAGGAAUCCCCAAAGACCCUGCCCCCUUCCUCAGAGGCUAUCACAAAACCUGUAACCCGGACUGUGGUGGAUGAAUCUGAGACUUUUUUCAGUGCCUUCCUGCCACCGGGAGAGUUGCAAGGCGUGAAGAAAUCCCAGGUGGUGUCUGUGGCACCAUCGAAGUCCUACCGAAGGCCACAGGAGAAAGAUAAAAAGGAGGAUGAGGUGAAGUCUAAUGUGGACGUUCAAAUACAUGUUCAGAAAGACAGAGGGAGCAGUAAAAGUGCUGUGGAGAGUGAGCCUGAUGUGGCUGAACCAUCAAAACAGGACGUCACAGCACCUAGCAUCCUGCUGCAACAAGAACCUGUGCCUCCUGAUUCUUUAACCUUGCCAGAGCAAACAGUAGAACAAAAGGCUAGUGAAAGCAACACAGAGCCCGAAGGUUCAACAGACGUAUCACAAAUAACAGCAGCCGACAAACCCGAGGCCAGUUUAGAAGCUCAAGCAGUGGAUGCUGUUGAUAGCUCUGAACCUAAAAGUCCUUCAAAACCUCUGGCUGCUCCUCCUAAAGACAUCCUUUUAGAAUCCAAAGAUGCAAAAACAGAGGACAGACAAAGUGAUACUCCCUCCCCUCCUGUUAGCGCCUUCUCCUCUGGGACCUCCACCACCAGUGACAUUGAGGUUCUGGAUCAUGAGAGUGUGCUGAGUGAGAGCUCGGCCAGCUCCAGGCAGGAGACGGCCGACGCCAAGGCAGGCCUCCACCUGAUGCAGGGUUCCUUCCAGCUGCUCUCUGCUUCCACCUGUGGGGAUUUCCCUCGCCUUGAUGACUACCCAAAGUUGACCGAGAGCUGUGGCUCUUCUUCGGACGCCUUUGAGCGCAUUGACUCUUUUAGCGUCCAGUCGCUCGACAGCCGUAGCGUUAGCGAAGUCAACUCGGACGACGAGAUUCCGGGCAACCGGACGCUAGCCUCCGUCACUGCCGGACCCGCUCCCACCCCCGCCCUUCCAAAAUCCCACACGGGAGACGAGGAAGAGGAUGAGGGGUUGACUGACACCAUGAAGGACCAAUCUCUUGAUGAUAACGAAAUGGAGGAAAGUGGGCGCAGUGCCACACCGGUAAACUGUGAACAGCCAGAAGAGCUGGCGGAGGUGGAACAAGAAGCUGAAUCGCACCUUAUGUUAUCCAAUCUAAAGACUGAUGCUGAUGAACCAGUACAUCCACCCGUCACGGAGGAGAAAAGAGGAGCUUCAACCUUUCAGAUCCUGGAGCUUCAGGAGAUUAUCGAUGAGCUCACGAGCAAACUUGAGAAGAGAGAAACGCAACUGUUAGUUGUCAGUAAAGACAAGGCCAGGCUUGAAGAGGAGUGUGAUAAUCUGAAAGACGAGGUAAUAAGCCUAAAGGAGGAAAGUUCUAGUGUUCAGUCUCUGAAAGAAGAGUUUACCCAGCGUAUUGCAGAUGCCGAGAGGAAGGCUCAACUCGCCUGCAAGGAGAGGGACAUCGCCAAGAAGGAAAUUAAGGGCUUAAGAGAGGAACUAUCUAUGAGGUUCAACUCAAAUGAAACGCUGGAACUGAUCAGAGAAAAGGAGGAACAGAUCCGAGGUCUUCUGGAAGAAGGUGAGAAACUAUCCAAACAGCAGUUGCAACAUUCCAACAUCAUCAAAAAGCUGCGUGCAAAGGAGAAGGAAAGUGAUAACAUGAUCAGUAAACAAAGCAAGAAACUAAAGGAGCAAGAAGAGGAGCUCAAACAUCUACAGCAGGUUCUUGAUGGGAAAGAGGAGUUGGAGAAGCAACACAGAGAGAACAUUAAGAAGCUGAAUGCGGUUGUGGAAAGACAGGAGAAGGAGCUGACCACGCUACAGAGCGAUGUGGAGGAGCUUCAGGAGAAGAACCGCAGCUUGCAGGCAGCCCUGGACAGCUCUUACAAGGAGCUGGCAGAGCUGCACAAGGCCAAUGCCACCAAGGACAGCGAGGCCCAGGAAGCCGCUCUGAGCCGGGAGGUGCAGGCCAAGGAGGAGCUGAGCCUGGCCCUGGAGAAAGCCCAGGAGGAGGCUCGCAUGCAGCAGGAGGCCCUGGCCAAUCAGGUCACGGAUCUGAGACUGGCCUUACAGAGAGCUGAGCAGCAGCAGGCCAGGAAAGAGGACUACCUUAGAGAGGAGAUCGGUGAACUCCAGCAGAGACUGCAGGCGGCAGAGACUAGAAACCAGGAGCUGAGUCAGAGCGUGACCUCUGCCACACGACCUCUGCUCCGUCAGAUAGAAAACCUGCAGGCCACACUGGGCGGUCAGACUGCAUCAUGGGAGAAGCUUGAAAAGAGCAUCUCUGAUCGAUUAGUGGAGGCGCAGGCCCAGCUUGCUGUUGCUGUUGAGAAGGAGCGGGCAGCCACAGAGGAGCUGCACACUAUCAAGGCUCAGCUGGCAUCGUUAGAGUCCCAGAAUUCCCUGCUACGGCAGGAGAAGGGCCGUGUGCAGGGACAGCUGGAGGCUGAGAGGACUCGACGGGAGAAACUAGAGGACGACAGCAGCAGGGAACGUGUGGAGCUGGAGAAUCUGAGACAGGAACAUUCCCGAACUCUGGAGGAAGCCAGGAAGGAGAAGCUGCUACUCACCAAUCAGCUGGAGAUGGAAAAAGUCAAGGUGGAACAAGAAAAGAAGAAAUGCUACCUUGCUCAAGAGGCCUUAAAAGAGAAGGAAAGGAAGGCGCUUAGCCUGUCUGUAAGUGAACCCCCUGCCUCCUCCACCCCAACCCUCUCCCGCUCAAGCUCCAUCAGCGGAGCGGACCACGCGGGCCUGCACGCGUCUUUUUCACAGCAGCAGGAGGAUUCUCCGGAUCACUCCUUUGGCACAAUGACCAUGUCUAUCAGUGGGACCAACUUAUACGAGGCCGCGCGCGUAGGGGGCGGCUCCAGCAUUAUUGAAAACCUCCAGUCUCAACUCAAACUCAGAGAAGGAGAGAUCGCACAGCUACAGCUCGAGAUCUCAAACCUAGAGAGGAGUCGCUCUGUCAUGGCCGAGGAGUUAGUCCGACUGACCAAUCAGAACGAUGAGAUGGAAGCCAAGGUUAAGGAGAUUCCCAGGCUGAGAGUACAGCUCAAGGACCUGGAACAGAGACACAACACUAUUCUGCAGAUGUACGGAGAGAAGGCGGAGGAGGCAGAGGAGCUGAGACUGGAUCUCGAGGACGUGAAGAAUAUGUACAAAACGCAAAUCGACGAGCUGCUGAAAAAUCAAAAAUAGACUCUGGCAAUAUGCUUGAAAUAAACAGGCUUACAAGUGCAUUUACUGUACAAGAGUACAAAAUGGCAAAUUUUCAGAUUGCAGAACCUUGGUAAUUUGAGAAAAUCUUACCAUGCUUUACAGAAGUAAUUUUUUUUUUUUUUUAUAUAUAUUUUAUUGAUCCUGUCAUAUAGCUAUUUAAGACUACUUUGGGAAGAGUGGGUUACAACAUUUUAAACGUGAUCUUAUUGGUCUAAUCAGUCUAUUUAAAUCUAUUCAGAUUUUAUUAGUUCAUUUGUGCAGGUUAAGGUAUUCUAGGUUAAUUAACACAAUUUAAAAAAAAAAAAAAUCUUACAACAUUGCCUCUCAUAAGCCUGGACAAUGUAAUAGACAUCCCGUAAGUUAGGACCUCUCUCACUCAAGGAAUCAAUCUUGUGAUUAAGAAAAUAUUUAUUCCAGAUAAAUUUGUAGAAUUUAAUGGUUGUUCACUUGAAGGGUUACUUCUCAGUAAUCCAGAAGAAUGAGACACACGUGACGCAUCCGAGGACAUUUUACGCAUCAUUGGACUUGCAGUUUAAUCAAAGCUGGAUAUUCAAGGCUAAUUGUGACACCUGCACUAUGAUACCUUUUUGUUUGUUACAUAUGUAGAUUGACUUUUGAGUUAUUUAAGUAAAUUACAGAACAUUGCACAGUUCUUUUGUUUGUCAUGAAUUCAUCACGUUGUUUGUCCAAAUUUAUCCUUGAUACGAAGUAAACAGUAUCUCCCGCUAUUCUGGAAUUGGGGAAAAAAUGGAUAAAAUUGGGAUGGUAUGUAUG